AUGGCCACUAACAAUCUUCCGACCUUUUACCCAGGAUAAUAAUCAAUGACAAAUGUUUAACCUUCCCUAUAUUAACAACAAGGAGCACCUUUCUAUUAAAGUAAUCAAGGCCUUCCAUAAGUCUUAGGAUCUCCUUCUGGCAUUUAGCAAAAUCAAUAAAUAUCUUAUGGAAAUUAAUACGGAUUAAAUGUGCCCAACUAAGGUGUCCCAUCAUAUUAGACUCCUCAAAGAAUUGUUUCUUAAAGAGUUAUGUAAUAAUCCCCUUAGGUUGUUACAUCUCCGAUAAUUUAAUAAUAAGUUCCUAUUAUUCAAUAAUAAGCUCAAAAUAUUUAAUCAUCAGUGCAGCAACCAUCAGUUGUUCAUAAUGUGGAACACGUACCAGUCAUUCAUGAAUUACAUCACGUGAAUCGACCAAUAAAUGUUGUUUCAGUAGAUGAGAUUGAAGGUCCUUGGAGAAGUAAAGUAUUAUUGUUGGAGAAAUAAUUAAUUGAAUUGUAAUUGAUGUUAAAGAAGGGUCCCGUGAAAUAGGUUCAAUCUAAAUAAGUAGUAGUAGAAGAUGAGGGAAAGAUAAGACAAUUGCAAAGUGAAAUCGAGAGACUACAAGCCAUUUUAAGGGAGAACCAAAAAGAGAUUGAUGAAUUGCAAUAACAAAUAAAUGAUGCAACAUUUAAUCUAGAAAAUGCUGAGGAAUAGGCAUCUUCUCAAGUGGAAGCAUAACAGGAAGAAUUAGCUAAAUGGAAGAAGAAGUUCUCAGAUUUAAACAAGAAGUUCCAUGAUAUUGAAGAAGAUAUAACUAUGACUGAGGCUUAAAUAGAAAGUAUUUAGAAAAGAAAAAUGAUCACUUAAACUACAUCUACUGUUAAGACUACUGCAAAAACUUCAGGAGGUACAUAUGGGGAUGGAGAUGUCAGAAAGAGCGGUUUUAGCAAUAGGAAUUAUUGA